AACCCUUCAUGUCAGCUGUCUCUGAGCAGUUUCAAUGCUUUUACCAUGAUUGUCAGAAUAUUGACGCGCUACAAAUUUAACGGCGGCUGGUUUGACUACGAUAAAAACAAAUGACGGCUCACUCGGCAGCAGUCAGUGCACAAGAUCAGGGAUAAGUACAAUUUUACAAUUACGCACAACUUUGUAUGUUUAUUUUAAACAAAGAAAAGUUUUUGUUUUUUUUCAAAUUUUGGCUCCAGGUCAAUAUGAAGGAGUAAGAUGAAGCAAUGAGACCAUCAAAAUAUUAACUAAGAGUAUCGACAUCAGCUUGAUAUAAUCUGCACUGAAUACACGCCACGGUCGAUUUCCUGUUUCCGCGAGAGUUGAGUGAAUGGGGGCAUAGGCAUCGCACACCUGUCACUUAUUAGGAGCGUCACUUGCAGUCAAGCAGUCCUUGACUUUAAUAAUCACAACAGGUUUUUCCUUUACUGGGAUCAUAAAGAAAAUGAACCCCUUAGAGUUUACCUUCAUCCUUUUCAUCCUGGCCCCUCAUGUCGUGUCUUGUGGACGCCGCAACGAUAUUUCCUUCUCUAUAUGUUGGAUGAGCAAAGACGAUGCUCCAGAAAGACAAAACGGAAACCUAUGGCUGAAUGGAACAACACUGAAGUCCAUCAGGGGGGAGGGUAAAGUUACCUCCCUGACAAUAUAUCCAGCUGUAGAAAACAAGCUAACACUGAUGUAUGGAGGCUCCAUUCUGGCAUGGACUUUAACAAUCACUCCAAGUAAAAGGCUCAAUAAAAUCAAAGGUGUGCCCAAACCCCUGGAGCAUCCUACUAAUGCCACUAAGAGCUUUCUGGACUCGUUGAGUCCCACUGAAGUGUUCGCAUGUGAAAACGGCACAGUAUUCUUCCACCAGGAUGAACACUUCUUUCUUGCAGUUGGCCACACUGUGCGUCUCCCUAUCAAGCUGGAGUCCAGGAGCCCCUCUAUGUUGCUGGUCUCCUGGGUGGAGAACAGUCUAGCCACCAGCGAUAGCCACACUGUGACUCUGUACCGCUCUGAGCCGGACUACUAUACCAUACUUGGCAUGGACUCUACCGUCCACAACCACUACGACUUCACAUCUCUGGACUCCUGCAGCCCCUAUAUGACCUGUGUGGAAAUCGCAGGCUCUCACUCCGUCAUCUGCCUCUCUGCUAUUACUGACCCAGACAUUCCCAAGGACUUUGAUGUGACUUCAUGGAACAGCAGCAGCAUAUCGUUGACCUGGGACUGCCCCGAGAACCUCAAGUACUCUCUCUUCCUAUUGACCACCUUCUACCUCAAUGGCACGGACCACAUCACAGAGGAAGUGCGCCUCUGGCUCACGGAGGACAGCUUUGUGUUCACCUUGUCUGACCUGCAGCCCUGCAGCAGGAUUAAGUUCGGCCUUCAGACCGUCUGCCAGUCAGGGAUGGAGUCCCGCUACAGCAAGAUGGUCCCGAAUGAUGGAAAUUCUGUCCACUCCAGAAUCUGGGCCUUGCGUCAGACAUCGUUUGGCCCCGACAACUACACCAUGAGGUGGGAGGUGAAGAACACCUCGUCCAUCUCCAAGUUCAGAGUUUACCACGAUGGGGAGCUGCACGGCACAACGCUCAUGACUAACUACACCAUUGGGGGGCUGUUGUCAUGUCAACAGUACCCAGCCAUGGUGGAGGCACUGUGUGGAGACGAUGUUCUCAUGAGUGCCAAGACUGUCACAGCACACACAGGACCUCAAGGUGUAUCUGAGCUCAGGUACCGCUCAAACGACUCCACUGCCCAGUGGACUCCCAGUACCUCACAACAGUCAGCUCUGGCCUUUCUGUACGAGCUGUCCUCGGAGAAUGGCACCGCCAUCCAGAGCAGCCGUGUGACAGACACAGAGCUGCGCCUCCCAGGGCUAGACGAAGGGAAGACCUACAUCCUUGACGUGUGGGAGGAAUGUGACGGAGAGUGGGCGUCUGAACCUUCUCAGCUGUGUUUUGCGGGAGCUAAUUCAUCUUUAGGGUUCAUUAUGAGGGCCGGUGGGCCCGCUCAUGACCUAGAGCUGCAGUUCGAUUUUUCCAGCAUGGGUCUCACAAUGGUUGUGCCAUGGUCACUGCCGGAGGAUUUGCAGGAUGAACCAAGAACCAAAAUGGGGAAGAUUUUCAAAGAUAAGCUGCAGGAGCUGUUGAAAGAUUUCGAUCAGCCGGCCCGCGUUGAGCUGGCCACCUUUGAACUUGCGGAGGACCCAGACAAAACAGAGAUUCUGUUUAUGUCUUUUGAUGCUUCCAAAACUGAAGAAGACGUGCCUCUUCCUGUGGAAGACCAGCUGGAUUACAUUCGCUACAUGAAUGCAACUUACAUCACAGUUACAGAUGGGGUCAUUCAUUGGAAUGGUCAUGAUAUGUGUGCUUCCUUCAAACACACUGUGUGUCCCCGCAAUUCUCUGUGCAUCAACACCCUGGGCUCAUUCACUUGUGUUUGCCAACAUGGACACUAUGAUGUGAGCCUCGUCAUCGAGCCUCGGUUGGCUUCAAAUCCGAUCUGCAAUGAAAAAGGGCUUUUCAGCCAGUGUCUGGAAAAACUGAUGACUGGAGGAAUAGCAAAAUCCUACCUGACUUCUUACAUUGGGGGAAAGAUCGAUGUGAUGCUGAAUGAUGGGCGAUGCACUGUGGAUGAGAGUGAGAUGUUCUAUUACUUCCGCACCUCACGGAAAUCGUCUGAAUGUGGAACAGGGAGGAGGGUGAACAAAACCCAUAUCGAAUACCAAAACACUUUGACUGUGACCUUAACCAAAGAGCACACAAUCAGCCGGCGGGAUCUAAAAGUUGUCUGGAAGUGCGUCUAUCCUCGGAAUUACGUUCGUAAUGCUCUAGUUGGCAUGGAUAUGGAGUGGCUCUCUUCCUACUCCCUUGUGGAGUUCAACUCAUCCCUGCAGCUGUCCCUGACCAUGUCCCUAUACAGUGAUGUGUCAUACUCGAACAGCUACACAGACAUCAUAUCUCUGGAACUUGAAGACAUACUGUUCUUCCAGGUGGCCCUGCAGACCAACAACACUUAUGCUUCAGACGUGCUACUGCAGGUGGAGUUGUGCUGGGCCACUGAGAGCACAGACCCACAGGAUACUGUCCAGGGUGUUUUUCUUCAGGAUGGCUGUUCUGUCGACGACACGUUCCACUGGCUCUCCGUCAACGGCCUGGAACAGACAAGCAGAUUUUCUCUUCAGAUGUUCACCAUGCCCAAAGGGUUGCACCUCUAUAUUCACUGCCUGGCCAAUGUAUGUGGACCUGAUAAAGACUGUACAAAGAUUUGCAGCAGCCAACCGCGCACCAAGAGGUCGGUGAUCCAGAUGCACAGGAAGCAGAGACAUGCUGCUGUAGUGUCUGCUGGACCUCUGGUGGUCAACAAGAAAGUGAGGGCAGGAGUCCAACCAUCUUACUGGAUCGAGCACAUGACAAUGAUCUCCAUUGUGGCUGGAUCAGUGGGCUUUUUGGGCAUAACUGUACUUUCAUUGAGUGUAAUGAAGGCAAUCAUGACUUACUAUGAACAGCUACAGCUGCAAUAAAGUGCUUCA